AAAGAAUCGAGCCAUCGGCGCCUCCGGCAGCAGCAGACGCGCGCGCAGAGCCGCUCAAUAACGCGACGCGUACAUUUACCUGAACAUCACACGCAACCAAAUCCACUUUAAGCCCCCGAGAUGAACCAGUCUACCCACUAUAAAACCCCGAGCUUGAUGCACCAUAACGCACAGAGUGAGUGAUAUAGGUGAAGCAUUGAUGCCUGUAAACUCAAGUGUGUUGAUGAUGUGGGAAUGAUGCUGUAAAGGGACCUCCUGCGUCUCCUCCCCUCCCUCCUGCACCCGUACUCCUCAUUUCCACUCCUCAUUUCGCGCUCAGCAACACGAGAAGAGCUCCGACUGACUGUCCAGCAUCAUGUCCUCAGACGUCCAGCUGCGCGAGCAAACGGACCCGGAGAGCAGCGACCCCGCGGGCGCCAGGACACAGUGAGAGCAGGUUUCAGAAGUCACACGUCCUGCCCAUAGCGAUCUGAGUGGCUGUACCUGAGCGAGCUCACCAUGGAUACAAUAAACUUCACCUUCUGGAAUGCCUCAGACGGCAACGAGACCAUGGAGACGGCGGACGAGAGUCCCUAUAAGACAGUGGAGGUGGUGUUCAUUGUACUGGUGGCCGGAUCGCUGAGUCUGGUGACUGUGAUCGGGAACAUCCUAGUCAUGCUCUCCAUCAAGGUAAACCGGAGUCUGCAGACCGUCAACAACUACUUUCUGUUCAGCCUGGCCUGCGCUGACCUCAUCAUUGGCCUUUGCUCCAUGAACUUAUACACAGUCUAUAUUGUAAUCGGAUAUUGGCCACUAGGCCCGGUUGUGUGUGAUUUGUGGUUGGCGCUGGAUUAUGUGGUUAGCAAUGCCUCAGUGAUGAACUUGCUGAUUAUCAGCUUCGAUAGGUACUUUUGUGUCACCAAGCCACUCAGCUACCCAGUCAAGAGGACCACGAAGAUGGCAGGAAUGAUGAUUGCAGCGGCAUGGGUGCUGUCGUUCAUCCUUUGGGCUCCAGCCAUCCUGUUCUGGCAGUUUAUCGUCGGCGGGCGCACGGUGCCAGAGAAGGAGUGCUACAUUCAGUUCUUCUCCAAUGCCGCGGUUACUUUUGGCACAGCCAUCGCUGCUUUCUACCUGCCCGUCAUCAUCAUGAUGGUGCUCUACUGGCAGGUUUCCCGCGCCAGCAAGAGUCGUGUCAAGAAAGACAACCGCAAGCCAUCAGGCGGCAACCUUGAUGUAGCCUCGUCCAAUCAGAUCCGUGAAAACUCAGCCAACAAACCCACCAACAACAACCUGACAGCUGAAGAAACAGAUCGAGGACAGACCCAGCUAACAGACGACACUAUUAACCAGCACGAUGCCAAGCUACAGAACGGCAAAGCGCCAUCUACGGCGAGCGGGGAAGCGGAAGAAGCAGGACAAGCCAACUGCAUUCCCGCAGAGGAGAAGGAAAGCUCUAAUGACUCCACUUCAGGAAGUGGUGCAGUAACCAAUCAAAAAGAAGAGGCGGCGCCACCCUCGUCAGCAGCAGCCAAUGACAGCCAGACUUCAACAAGGCACCGCGCCAAAGCUGGCGGAUCCAAACUAACAUGCAUCAAGAUCAUCACCAAAUCACCAAAAGGAGAUUGUUACGCGCCUUCAAAUGCGACGGUGGAGAUCGUGCCGGCAGUGGAAAGGCAGAACCACGUGGCGAGAAAGAUCGUGAAGAUGACCAAACAGCCGCCCAAAAAGAAAAAAGCCCCGUCCUCCAGGGAAAAGAAGGUGACGCGCACUAUCAUGGCCAUCCUGGUGGCGUUCGUGGCUACUUGGACGCCUUACAACGUGAUGGUGCUGAUCAACACCUUCUGCUCCAGCUGCAUCCCCAACACGGUGUGGACCAUCGGAUACUGGCUCUGCUACAUCAACAGCACCAUCAACCCGGCCUGCUACGCCCUGUGCAACAUCACCUUCAAAAAGACCUUCAAACAGCUGCUGCUCUGCCAGUACAAGAACAUUCGCUCCACCCGAUGAGUGGCGGCGUAUGUGUGUGAGUGUGUGCAUGUGGUAGAUUGUGUUCUGGUGACGCAGGUCUAUGCGUGUGGAUGUGUGAGCAAUUAUAAAACAGAGAUUGGCCCAUUGACAUCAUCACCUAAAGUUCUGCAAAUACUCAAAUUCUGGCGCUGCAAAUCAGACUGCGGUACACACUUUACCAUAUCUAAAGGGAUAGUUCAUGCAAUCAUGUCAUCAUUUAGUCAUCAAUUCAAUUCAAAUGUAUUUGUAUAGUGCUUUUCACUAUAAUUCAGCUGCACAAAAGGUGCACAUUACUGCAUUACAAUCAAAAUCAGAAGAGUCUAAGUUGAGUUAAGUCACUCAGCCUUCACUGGUGUUAAACCUAUUUGAGUUUCUACUUGAUUUGAGCUUUGACAUGGGCAUGAGAAUUAACAGAAAUCUCACAUGCUGAGAAUGAUAUACAGUAGUCGACAUUUGAAGUGAAUCAAAAGUGUCUUUGACAAUUGUCCUAGGACAAGAAUGGGAGCUGUUCAAUAGUUUAAGGACAAUUUAGUUACACAGUAAAAUCUUCAGAGUAAAAUUUACUCAGUUCAGAGAACAUUUGGUCCCUC